GUUUGAAAAUGUGUAAAGAGCCAUAAAAUUCCAUCCUCAAUUACAGGGCUCCUAGCGGACUCAACCCUUCUAACCAAUUAAGGGCUAGCACAUUUUACCCCACUAUCAGGGAAGCUUGACCUUACAUUUAGCGCUAAUCUAAUCGCAGCUCCAGAACCCCACAUCCAAAAUUCGACGUUUGUAGUUCAGUCCAUCCAUCCAUCACCACACCUCAACCACCAUCAAAACCACCACCACCACCCCAGCCCAAAAUGUCGCACCCACGCGUAGAAGAAGUCUCCGACAGCGACCUCUCAGACCCAAGUGAAGGCGACAUCGACGACUUCCUCGAAUCCGACAUCCUGCGGCAAAAAGCGCCCGCCGCCACUUCCUCCUCCGAGCCCUCCCUCUUCCCCAACCCACGCAUGCAACACCCCUCCAGCGCCCCCCAACCGCAACAAGUCCAGCCCAGCGACAUAAAAGACUACCAAAUGCUGUACCCAGUGUACUUCGACUUAACACGCACCCGCGCCGAAGGCCGUCGCGUAAGCAAGUCGCUCGCAGUGAAGAACCCUCUGGCGCGGGAAAUCGCCGCAGCCUGCGCCUCGCUGCGUCUGUCGCCCGUCUUCGAAGCCCACCGGAUCCACCCCAAAGACUGGGCGAACCCAGGCCGAGUGCGCGUCAAGCUCUCCUCCUCCAGCAAAUCCACUUCGUCAUCAGCCCAGAACGCGAACCCGUUCGCCGCACAGGUGAAGAAUAAACACCACCUGUACAUCCUCGUCGCAAAACACCUGCAAGCGCACCCGACAACCGACACGUCGGACGCUUUGCGUCGAGUUCGUGUGCCGGGGCUGAACGCGCCUGAGGACGGGGAGCCGUGGCCGCGGCCGGCGGUGCCGCGGGGGUGGAAGAUGGGGGAGCUGUUGCCGGCGUAUAGUGCUGCGAUGACGGGGGGCGGGGUGAGUGAGAAUGCGUUUAAGGAUAUGAUGAAGGAGAUGCAGGGGGGUGGGGGCGGGGAUAUGAUGAGUAUGCUUGGGGGAAUGGGUGGUAUGCCCGGGAUGGGCGGCAUGCCUGGUAUGGGCGGAAUGCCGGGGUUGGGUGCUGGGCCGAGUGAGGGUGGAGGCGGCGGCGGCGGGAAGAAGGGGAAGAAGGGAAAGGGGAGGGCGUGAAGAUCGUCUAGGGAGGUUUGAUGGUGCUUAUGACUAGGAGAUGGGUAAGAUACUACUACGUAUACCCUUUGAUAUAGAAUAA